AUGGCGGCAGUGAAAUGGGCUGAUGAUGUGCAAGAAGAGAGGCCAGAAACGGACGACGCGAUGACGCGAAGUUUCUCUUCGGAGGGGGCGACGGAGACAGAGAAAGAACAAAUAGUGGGAGUAUUAAUGUUUUCGCGGAGCCCCUACGGCGAUGUGACCGCAGUUCCGCCGCACAUCACGCAGGCAGCGGCUGCUACAUUGGUGGUGACAUUGCUGUGUGCUUUACUGCUCUCGAGUGCUUCGCGAAUAGGGAUCAUCAUGGCCGACGUCAAAAUCGACAGAACCAAGGUGUGCCCGCUGCUGCUGCGGUGUUUCUGGACACAGAACCGACACCGGCGAGGGGAGGACUAUUCCAACGUCAACAGCCUACCGCGAGACGAGCUGCAGAUUUACACCUGGCCCGAUGCAACUGUUCGGGAGAUCACGACCUUGAUCCAGGGCGUUGUUCCGGCGGCGAGGCGGCGCCAGGGCCGAUUGUCGUACGCCUUCGUCUACCCGGACAGCCAGGGGAAGCAAGUGCUCCGGCAGGUGGCGAGCGUCUUCUCGGUAACACAAGGUCAAGACGACAACAAGACGCUACGCGACCUCAAGUUCCAAACGGGAGACUACAUGGAGGUUGCGAUCGGGUAGGUUAGCGGUCCUUGAGGGGUGUAGCUGGCGCCAACCCUGACCGUGCACGGCGCAGGGCGGGGGGGGCACCUACGCACCUGCCAAGUGCAUUAGACCUGGUGUGCGUUUGGAUCCGUGCCCAUGAGUGCCACCCGGAGUCGAAGUAGUAUUAUGUUAAAUUUCACGGUUUUGUUGGUGCUGGUGCUGGUGUUUCUCGUGGAGGCAUGACAAACUUCGGCUUUUUUUCGGGGGAGGGGGGGGGGGAGGCAUGCACCUUACAUCGGCAUCGUGCCGUGGAUGCCCACGGCAUCGUGAGACAAAGUACAUGCCUUGGGGGGAUGUCUCGCGAUGACUGGAAAGCUUUCGACGCCUGCUUUUGUGCCCCCACCUUCGAACCCGGCCAAAUGGCGCCCCUCACUCAGGGUGUUCGGAAAGACGCGUUGCUAGUUGUGGUCGUCUGCAAGAGUCUCCUUGGAAAACGUAUCACGUCGUUUACCGCACUCGUGCGCUCAAGUAGUCGAAGUGACGACUCGCCCGCACGACGACAAGUGAUGGAUUUUUUUGGGGUGGUGAGUGAAGUCACGCUUG